AUGGACAUGAACGGCUUCCCGUAUCUUGUGAAUAUGAACCGUACUGGCACCGAUGACUUGUGUGCCCGGAUAUUGCCGGCCCAUACCUCUGUCAAUUGGCGCUCUGGGCUCCUCGAUGCCAGCAGGGCCCGCCCUUCGUUCUGUGAUCGGCCAGUUGUGUGGCACCCAGGCUCCUGUCAGAGAGUGAAUGUGAUACUUGCGCCAAUGGAAAUGGUCCGUUUGACUAUUGCCGUGUAG